CUAAGACACUGCAAGCCUUGAUUUUUUAGCUCUAGCAUAAGAGGUAAAUUAAGCAGCUUUGUGCCGCCACUACGUCGUUCUCCUGCUGCCAGAGGACUGUUCGGGCCCGCGCGGACAGUGCGCGUGCGCGCGUUGUUUUUUUCCGCCGUCGCGCGACGUGCCUUUUCGGCGUGUCGAGUUAGACGCCCGCACUCGCGAAGUUGCGGUUUACGUUGCGGUUUACGUUGCUCCUAGCUUUGGACGCCACGAACCAGGCCACGGCUGCGGAGCGGAGCAGACCGAGGUACGGAUUCAAAUGGACCCCAUCAAGGCGACCAAUGCGCGACCCCCCUCGACGAACCAGGAGGAAUUUCGCGCCGGCGUCGGUCCGGUUGUCUGCUGCGUCGAGACUUCCGAGGCCAACCGCGUCGUCAGGCGCCUCGCCGGCUUUGGUCUCCGCGACCUGCUGGCAGCAUAUGUGGCGGAGGCCGCAACCGGACCGUUGGCCUUCCGCUCGGCGUCCAGGCGCCUGAGUUUGCCCGGAGGCCUGAGUGUGCGAUUUCUCGCCGCCGGCGACAUGGUGUCAGCGCCAGCGGCUGAAGACGAGACCAAAUUGGCGGCCGCUGUGUCGCUGCGCGACGAUGAACAAGUAGACACGACGGUGCUGCUCGACUCCCGAGCUGACACUGCGCUGGCCUCCCUUUGCGCGCGCCGGGAGGCCGGCGCGUGGACUCUGCGGUGGCGCACCGCGCUAGAGGCGACCUUGGCGCACGCGUCGCACGAGAGCUUUGCCUGCCCGGCGGCCGUGGUCGUUGUGGUCGCUUCAUCUGAACCGGCAGGUGUCGGCGCAGCAGUUGAAGAGUUAGCAUCAAUGCGGCACCUCGCGCCUGGCUUCGCAGACGGCCGAUACGAUGCACGCGUGACGCCACGCCACGUUGUAAUUAUCCACGACAGUGAGCACGGCGCAAGCGUUGCGCGCGACGCACUUGCUGCCGCGCGCGAUGCGCUUCCAGCUGCUGUUGCCGCCGCACCUGCGGUCACGCGGCUCGUGGCACUUGGCGGAGAAGGCGCGUGCUCGGACGUGCCACACGAUGCGCAUUUCCCUCGUCUCUCCGCAGCCGACGCCGACGGCUUACGUCGUCUCGCCGCUGAGCUAGUGCACGCUGUUGUUGUUCCGGCGCUUGAACGCCGAGUGGCCGCGCUCCACACAAAUGUGGCCGCAUCACGACGGGGCGUCCGAAAUGUCCUCAAGAGCUGGCUCCGCCUGCCGCGUGACGGAGGGUUGCCACCACAAGCAUCUACCGGAGCCGUGGCCACCCUCGCCAGUCCCGACAUGUCGCCGCCCCAGUACCCGCAUGAAACCAUCGAGGCCCAGAUUCGCCUCCUUGCCGACACAGCGUUUGCUAUCGGUGACCUCGAAACUGCCCUCGCGCACUACCGCUUGGCGCGUGACGACUUCAAGCGAGACCGCGCGCUACUCCAUGCUGGCGCUGCUCAUGAAAUGAUUGCCCGGUCACUCCUGGGCCUCGCCGUACGUGGCAGCGGUGGAUCUAUUGUCGUAUCCGCGGCCACAUCUGCCUCUGGCGCCGACACCAAAGCCGCCACGAGCGUUCUUUGGCGCGACGCUAUUGCCUCUGCAGACGCAGCCGUGGCGACGCUACUCGCUGCGGCUGGCAAGGCGCGCCGCACAAAUGCGACUGGUGCUCAUGUGCGCUUAGAACAACGCGCGACGUGCGCUGCUCGUGCGCUCACGCGUGCAGCGCUCGUCUCAGCCGACUGCCGCGCCGCGAUGGCUGCCGACAGAACGCAGUCACCACUGGUGUCCCGUCGUCGUAUGCCCAAAAAUGGCUGCCGCGAGGCACACGCGGCGGCCGCGGCGGCUGCCGACGCGUUGGUCGCUGCUGCCCAAUUCGAAAUGAGCCCAUGUGUGGCAGUCCUAUACGAGCGCGCGGCAUGGUGCUACAUGGCCGGCGGACUCAAUCGAAAAGGUGCACUGCAUCUUGUCAUGGCGGGGCAUCGUUACCGCGCAUGCGGCGCCGAUGCGCACGCGGUCGAGUGCUACGUUGCUGCGCGCGCGAAGUAUGCCUCGUUAUGCCGAAUUGCUGCUGGUGGUACGGCAUCGUGCGGCUGGCCUCGCAUCGACGAGCAUAUCGAGCACGCACUCGGCCGCCAGUGCGGCGACCGUGCAAUAAAGGACGGACGUGCGACGCGUGCGAUCGCUAGAAGACGCUAAGCGACCCACUUCGUAGGCUCGAGGCACUCGGCUACCAUGCGCGCGCACUUCGAUGCACUCUGGCGCGUGCCAGUGCCCUGUCACUUAAGAGUUAUUCCGUUGGUCUCCUCGACAGAGUCGGUGCGGUGACAGGCCCAUUAAAUCGAUCGAGUGCCACGCAGGCGCUCAUAGCGGUUGCGCGUGCACCGCCGUUGCGCCAUGCAGCGCUUCUGCGCACAUUCCUGGCAACCGUGCGCACGCAUCGUCUCGCCACGUAGUCAUGGAUGGUGGCUGCGGAGAACACAUGCUCGCCGCAGGCACGUGCUCAUCCGGACGCGCUCCGAGUGGCCGCCGCCUUGCUUGCACGCGACCAGCCGCCCAGCGCUUCUUGCGGCGGUGGCGAGGACCCAGCCGCAGUUGCUGACGCGCUCGCGACGCCUCCUUCGACCGCAAUGGGCGCACGCCGUGAUGCGAUAGACGACAUUGUCAUUGUCGGCCUCGCCGCGCCCACCAUUAUUGCCGAUGGCAUCUGCGCACGCAUGCCCGACGAGCUCGCUUUUGAAGUCAGUGGUGGUACCGUGGACUGGGCGCAGCGACUUGCCGGCUUAGCAAAAGCCGGCGAGAGCAUUCAGGACACUGCUGCCGAGCGGCCGCCGCACCUUGCUGACGCGGUCGCCCAAAGAGCGCGUCGCGCGACGUGGCCACGGUGGUGCGGUCGCGGAGAAGUCGUCACUGUCGACGUGACCUUGCAAAAUCCACUUGCCGCGCCCCUCGAUAUUGAUGCUGUUGAGCUUGUCUGCACGAUGGACGUGGGUCACGAUGCGGCCCGCCGACCGUGGUCGCCGCCGCCGCCUCCGAUGCCUCUGCCAUGCGACAUGGUGUCUUCCUGUCCUAUUGAUGACGCGUUCCUCGCAGAGCUGAGGCAAGCUGCAGACACCGCCAACGUAGCUACGCCAGCGUGGAUUGCCGAGCGAACGCGCAUAGUUGUGCCUGCCCUUGGCGCGAGAGUCGUCCGCCUUCGGUGCGGUGCGACACGCACGGGUACGCUGCGAGUCGUCGGCGUUCGCUGGCGCCUCGCUGGCGCUGUCUGGGGCGCUGCCGCGAUUGCGCGUGCGGGGCCAACACUCAGGCGGACUCGUGACGAGCGCGCACGUGGCGCGCGCGCGCCAGACGCUUCGCUGGCAAUCCACAUCGUCGGAGAUCUCCCACGUGUCGUAGCCACACUGGCACCCGACUGUGGCGGACCGUGGCGUGCACUCGAGGGUGAGGUGGUGCGCACGCACUUGCGACUGCGCAACGUGGGUCGCGCGCGCGCCGGUUCCCUAACCGUUCGCACAGAGCGCGCCUGGCUGGCACUUGCAAACCCGCUAGAUGCGUCGGGAAAUGCGUGGCGUGUGGGGGACGCCAUUAAGCCAGGCGCCUCGCGCGACGUUCCGGCACAUGUCUGCGCCCCUAGUGGCAUGGGGACCGCUGCACUCCACGCAGCUCUCUGCUAUGAGGCAAUCAGCGGGCCGCAGGCAAUAGUAGCUCCUCUUGCGUGGCCGGCGAUACACGAUGGCGACCCUGAGAAGGAUGACUUUGCCAGGCACGCGCGCGCACGUGGCGCCACCGUAGCCGCGGCAGCGCCGCUCACGCGCUUCGCGCCGCUCGUCGUUGCUGCCAUCAUCGCACCGUCACUCUGUGUCAGCACGCACGCCCACGGCCGUGUACUCACUGUUGAGGUCGCAAAUGUGGGCAGCGCCGACAUGUUCGUCACGGACGUCCGUGCAGCAGAGACAUGCACUGUCGGCGUCAAGAUUCUACCGCGUGAGCGCGUCGCGGUCCACCACGUCGCCCUCGCCACUCCCAUGAACGCACUUACUGGCACGGCACCAGCUGCCGCACUGUUUGACGCGGCCAUUGCCGCCGCACGGUACACUCAUUCGGUCGCGAAGGAGGCCAGGCGCGCCGCGCCAGACGCGCCGCGGACCCUUCAGGCGGUUCGACGGGCGCGAAGUAGGGUCUUUGAUCAAGGUGCGGCAACGCCUGGCGACGCAGCAGUCGCAUGCGGCGCUCUCACGAUUGAGUGGACUGUUGCAGCCGAGAUAGGGCACGGACGCGUUGGACGGCACCUCUUUAUCGACGAAGGACCGCCGGCUACCAAGCUAGAGGAGACUGACUUGCCCCUCUUCGACGCGAACAACCUCCGCCUGCUUUGUGCGCUGCGGAUGCGCAUCUAAGCUCCGGCUCGUGGGUAACGGUGCUGUCGACGGGCGCGGGCAAGAAGAAGAACUUUAGUUCCGUCAAUCAAGUCGCACUAGUUUUCAUGCGAGCACCUACGCACGGUGCACGCAUUCGCAGAGGCAAAGCGAUCUCCUAUCACUUUCACUGAGGCAAACUAAUUGCCAGCCCGCCUCUAGUGCCGGCCCCACGCGGGCAGAUACGCAUCAAGUCCACGCCGGCCCGAGUCUGUCCGAAGUCCGGCCUCUACCCCCCGGGGUAUUUAUUAUGGGCGCCGAAGAAGAAACUCGGACUCGGACUCAGAGGUAUUCUACUAGUAGUCACUUACUUAAUAAGCAGCCAGCCUCGGAAGUCGGAUAUUCCCUAGCAGCCCUAUAUAGAUAUGGAAGUUAAUAAUGGAAC